AUGUCAUCCUUCGAACCCCCACCGUUCUCCAAAGAAUUACAAAGUUCCCCCCCACCACCACCACCCCCACCACCGGUGAACCUGCUCAGCAAAGUCUCGCCAGCAGUGCUCAAGCUGAAAACGAAACAAAGGGACCCGUUCUUCCGGGCCCCAGCUGAGAUAACCCCUCCAACCGGCGCAUACUUCUUCUAUGGCACCCUCUUAGACCCGAACAUGCUAGUCGAGAUCCUGGGGCUGGACCAGACGCCCACCCUGCGGCCCGCCUCACUCGACGGGACAGUUACUCGGGAGGAAAAGUGA